AUGCUUUCCGACAGCAAGAAGUUCGCGAUCGUUGCGCUUACCCUCGCGGCGUCCUUUGGCAGCGUGGCUGCAGUUCCAGUGGACGCGGUGACGACGACGUUUACUCACACCUUUUUCGUCGACGUCUUCACGACAUCUACGGUCCCAGUCACCGUCACGUCCACGUCCACCGAUGUGGUGUCGACUACGACUAUAACAACUAACGCGGAUCCCACGACCACAACGACACAAUCUACAUCGACGUCGACUUCCACCUCUAGUACAACUACCUCCAGCACUCCGGGCGCGUACCCUCCCUACCCUACAUACCCAGGAUUUCCCUCACCUUGA